AUGAGGCUACCUCUUUAUGCCCUGUUGCUUAUCUUUUUCCUGGUUUCUGUGAAUGCUGAAUCGAAAGCUGCUCCAGCAGGCUCAAAAUGCAGGACAGGACCCCUCGACUUGGUAUUCCUGAUCGAUAGUUCCCGUAGUGUGCGCCCCUUUGAAUUUGAGACAAUGCGUAGUUUCUUGGUAAACAUUAUUCGGGGUCUAGACAUUGGUCCCAAUGCCACCCGCGUUGGUGUGAUCCAGUACUCAAGCCAGGUGCAGAGCGUCUUCCCGCUGGGAGCCUUCUUCCGUAGAGAGGACAUGGAACGUGCCAUCCAUGCCAUAGUCCCCUUGGCACAGGGCACCAUGACAGGCCUUGCUAUCCAGUAUGCCAUGAAUGUAGCCUUCAGUGUCGCUGAGGGCGCUCGCCCUUCACAGGCCCAGGUGCCUCGUGUAGCUGUUAUAGUGACUGAUGGGCGGCCACAGGACCGGGUGGCCGAAGUGGCUACCCAGGCAAGGAAUCGGGGUAUCGAGAUCUACGCAGUGGGAGUGCAGCGAGCUGAUGUGGGCUCCCUACGUGCUAUGGCAUCACCUCCACUGGAUGAACAUGUUUUCCUCGUCGAGUCCUUCGACCUUAUACAACAGUUUGGCUUCCAUUUUCAAGGCCGAUUGUGCGGUGCAGACCUGUGUGCAGACGGAACUCAUGGCUGCCAGCACCUGUGCGUCAGCACACCGGGCUCCUUCCACUGUGCCUGCAACCCGGGUUACCGACUGGAGCCGAAUAACAAAAGCUGUUCUGCCAUUGAUCACUGUGCGGAAGGGACUCACGGCUGCGAGCACCUCUGUAUCAAAUCUGACGGCUCUUACACUUGCGGCUGCCGAAAGGGCUAUGCCCUCCACAGGGAUCAGAGGCACUGUACUGUGAUUGAUCACUGCAGCUUCGGAAAUCACAGCUGCCAGCACGAAUGUAUCAGCUUCCCGGAGGGGCCUCGCUGCCGUUGCCGCCAAGGCUUUGACCUGCAGCCGGAUGGCAGGCAUUGUCAGGCCCGAGACUACUGCAAUGGCGUGGACCAUGGUUGUGAGUUUCAGUGUGUGAGUUCAGGCAGCUCUUACCGCUGCAUUUGCCCGGAGGGUCGGCAGCUCCAGGCUGACGGGAAGAGCUGUGACAGGUGCCGGGCGGGCCAUGUCGAUCUGGUUCUGGUAAUCGACGGCUCCAAGAGCGUCCGACCCCAGAACUUCGAGUUGGUGAAGCGCUUCGUGAACCAGAUCGUGGACUUCCUGGACGUAUCCCCUGAGGGGACACGCGUGGGAUUGGUGCAAUACUCGAGCCGCGUGCGCACCGAGUUUCCUCUGGGCCGCUACGGAACCGCGGACGAGGUGAAGCAGGCUGUCCUGGCCGUCGAAUAUAUGGAGAAAGGCACCAUGACCGGGCUGGCGCUGCGCCACCUGGUGGAACACAGCUUCUCCGAGUCGCAGGGAGCUCGGCCCCGAGCCCAGAAUGUGCCACGCGUUGGCCUAGUCUUUACAGAUGGCCGCUCCCAGGACGACAUCUCAGUGUGGGCCGCCAGGGCCAAGGAGCAGGGCAUCAUCAUGUUCGCGGUGGGGGUAGGCAAGGCGGUGGAGGAGGAGCUGAGGGAGAUCGCGUCGGAUCCCCCAGAGCAACACGUCUCCUAUUCGCCUGACUUCAGCACUAUGACGCACAUGCUGGAGAACCUGAAGGUCAACAUUUGUCCCGAGGAGGGGAAAGGGGUCACUGAGCUGCGUAGCCCGUGCGACUGCGAGAGUCUUGUGGAGUUUCAAGGCAGUGCUCUGGCAGCGCUGGGGAGUUUGGAGCAGAAACUGACCCAGCUGACCGGUCGAUUGGAGGACCUGGAGAAUCAGUUGGCCAAGCAAAAGUGA